CUGUUUGAGUGCUCCAUCUGUACACAGUUACUGAAGGAUCCAGUGACUACUACCUGCGGACACAGCUUCUGUAUGAAAUGCAUCUAUACCUACUGGGAUACCAAAAGAAACAGAAGGAGAACGUAUAGCUGCCCUCUGUGCAGAGAGACUUUCAAUGAGAGACCUGUUCUGAAGAGGAGCACCGUCCUGGCUAACUUGUUAGAGGAGUAUAAGAAGGCAAGCAGCCAGGGUGCUGCUGCGGAUGAUGCUGCACCUGGGGAUGCGCAGUGUGACAUUUGCACGGAGAGAAAACGUAAAGCUAGCAUGUUCUGUCAGGAGUGUUUGGCCUCUUACUGCCAGACUCAUCUGGAACCUCAUUUUAGUGUACCGCCUCUUAAAAAACACAGACUGAUGACAGCUUCUAUAAAUAUCAAAGAAAGCAUCUGUGGCCGUCAUGACAAACUUAAGGAUAUUUACUGCCUGACCGAUCAGCAGUUUGUGUGCGUGAUGUGUGCUCUGGAUGAACACAAAGAGCACGACAUUGUAUCAGCUGAAACAAAAAGGCAAGAAUUGCAGAGCCAUCUGGAAAAGACCAAAGAGAAAAUUGCAGAAAGAGUGGUGAUUUCAGAGAAGUUGAUGGAUGCUGCUCGCUCCAUACGAGAUGCUGCCUGGGAGGCGUGUGACGACUUUGAGCGGGUCUGUGAGGAACGUAUCCGGUUGUACACCCACUUCAUGAGGAAGAAGUACCCUGAGAUGAGAGAGAAAGUUGGAGAGGCUGAGAAAGCUGGAGUGGACUGGACUGAAUGCCUCCUCAGGCCGCUGAAGCGUGAGCUGUCUGAGUUAAGGAGGAGAGAGAGUAAAAUCUCUCAGCUUUCACAAACAGAGGAUCCCAUUCAGUUGCUUCAGGGCUUCCAAACCCUGGGCGAUCUCCCUGUGCUCACAGACUCACACAGAGAGCUUGACAACCUGACAAAGUUUGUCACUGCACAAAAGAAUAAAAUGAAAAAGAUGUGCGACAAAGAAAAAAAGGAUCUGAUGGAUUAUUCUGGAAAAAUCAUCAUGUCAAGAAGGACAAGGCCGCAGGAGGGACGGACAAGGCGGCAGGAGGGACGGACAAGGACAGAACUUCUGAUGAAAUAUAAGAACUCCAAAAUCGAGGUGGAUCCUGACACUAUAGCAGCUUGUCUUUACCUCUCUGAUACAAAGAAAGCGAUAUCAUGGUGUGACAAGGACCAGGCUCAUCGAGAUCACCCUGACAGAUUCACCUACUUUAACCAGGCUCUGUGCAAAAAGGGCCUCAGAGGAAACUACUACUGGGAGGUGGAGUGGGAUGGUGGCAUAGUUGAGGUGGCUGUGUCGUACAGAGGGAUAGGAAGAAAGGGUUCAGGGAAAGAUUGCCGUUUUGGCCACAAUGCUCUGUCCUGGAAAUUAAUCUGCUCUCCUUCUGGUUGCACGUUCUGGCACAAUAAUCUUCACAAAGGUCAAAUUCCUCCUGCUGUCUCCCACAAAGUAGGGGUACACCUUGAUUAUAAAGAGGGAAAGCUGGCUUUUUACAGCGUAUCUGGCGUUGACAGUUUAACACUGCUGCACCAAAUCCAGACAACCUUCACCGAGCCCCUCUAUCCGGGGUUUUUUGUGGAUCUCGGUGCAACACUGAAAAUAAGCAACAUCUAAUUCAGAGAUAGAGCACAGUUUCCAAUGUUAAUGUAUUGAUUAACAAAGUGAUAAAAUGAUCUCUGAGUUUUUUUUCUUAGUAAAAAAUGAAGAAUCAAAUAGGCCUUUAUGGCCACAUAGACUCAUAUCAUAAUAACAAUGUCAUAUUUUUCUUUGCAUUUUUUGAUCGAUCAUAAGUUUAUACAAGAGUCCCAUAAAAUUUUCAAAAUGUUAACUAAAAGAUUCAACCAAACAAAAUGUACGUCUUGUUUGUUGUUUACGUUUAGCAUGAUUUCUUUUCUAUAACCAACUUUGAGCAUCAAUAUUAGGAGAUAUAUCAUAGUUUAAACAGCAGAGCUGUAAUAGUUCAGUGUCUAUUAUGCAUUAACAGAAAAAAAGAUGGUACCUUGGAUGCUUUGUCUUUUUUUCCCUGAUAAUUCACUGGAGAAACCUUCACAAAAUUACAUAUAGUUAUAUAAUGUUUAUUUACUAUUUUUAUUGAACUUUAUCCUGAUACAAGAUGCAAUUAUUUAAAGGUAGUAAUAUUCACAAUAUAAAUGUUUAUAUUUGUCAGCGUGGCGGUUAAAAACAGAUUAUGUUAUUCUGCUGUUUGUCAAGUCUAAAAUUGAUCACGUUUAAGCACAUUUUGUUUGAAAAAUUUUGUCUGCAAAAGUGGUUAAUAGCUUUAAGUCUCCUUACAUUGUGAGGAGAGCUUGAAAUAUGAUUGCUUUGUAAUUGCAGCUAUUGCAGCUACUCAGUUCAGUCAAGUAAACAAAGUAAUUGCUUGAGCUUAACUGCCUUAAAUAAAGGACCAUGCAUACUAAUAAUAUAUUCUUUAUUAUGUUUAUUGUACUUAUAUUCACCUUUUCAAUAUAGAAAUGUUACAGUUUACUCCUGAAUUCAUAUUUAUGUAAAUAAAACAAAGCUCACAAUUCAUGACAUGUUUAAUUACAUGCACAAUAUCUGUGAAAAUAAAUAAAAUAUGUA